AUAUCUUCCUACUGAGCAGACCGAGGUGGAUCAGUUUGAUAAGACCUUGCUUCAAUUUUAUGAUGAGAGCUAAUGUAAUUUUAGUACAUUUAGGGGGGGGAGUUCUCUAAACGUACAUUUUUGUCCAUGGUACACUUUGGGAUCUUAAUUCCCUGACCAGGGAUUAAAACCUAUGUCCCCUGCAGAAUUGUGGAGUCUUAACUCCUGGGCCACUGGGGAAGUCCACUCUAGCUUUAGACUGAACUGGCAGGAUUCCCACAUGCCUUAGCAUGGUUUCGGCUUUAGCGUGAGGCUGAGAGGAGUUAUCGGCCCUGAAUUCAAAUAUGAGGUUGAAGGUGCUCCUUUGGCCCCGCCCCACAGCUGCUGCUGGAGCACCUGGAGCUCCUGGUUUCCCGGUAUGUGCCGUCCCUCCGGAUGACGGUGGGCAAGCAGCAGGCGCAGUUCCCAGCCGGUGUGACCAGUGGGGUGGAGGUGCUCAGGGCGCUGAAAUCUCUGUUCGAGCACCACAAGGCCCUGGACGAGAAGCUGAUGAUUCUUAAAGAGCAGAAUAACCAGGAAAAGAUACUAAUGGACGGGGUGCUUGAUGGAAACCACGAGCAAGAAAACAUGCCAAGUGCCAAUGGAAAGAGAUUGUUGGGCACCUCUCUAAGCCACGAGGAAGACCCGACUAAGGUGAUAGAUCUCCAGGAAGUCAUAGACAAGCAGUCGUGGGAGCAGAGCCAGAUGAAGGAGCACCUGGCAGCCCUCUCUGCCCACGUGACAGAGCUGGAGGAGGACCUGGACACAGCCAGGAAGGACCUCCUCAAGUCCGAGGAACUGAACAGGACACUGCAGCAGGAUGUCUGCGAAGCCAUGGCCCAGAAGGAGGACAUGGAAAAGAAAAUCAGUACCCUUGAGAAACACUACCUCACCACACAGCGUGAAGCCACCUCUGUGCAUGACCUCAAUGAUAAACCUGAAAAUGAAAUUGCAAAUAAGGAUACUAUGCAUCAACAGGUAAUGGCCUUUACUGAGCUGUGUCAGACUUUUACAGUAGUGAAUUACUGAGGAAGGAAGGUAAUAACCUUUU